AUGCGCAUCAAGUACUGUGCUACUCACCUUCUGGAUGACAUGUUAGAGUUGUUAGGCACCCCCGAAAAGGUGCGGCAGCCACUUGUGAAGGAGUUUCAACUCGACGAUGCGUCUUUGAUUGCCAUGAACCCAGAUUGCUGGGAGACGGCGUAUCUUGAUCCAUUUAAUAGAGAUCACUUUUCUGGUCGUGUACUGGAAUUUGCUGGCAUGGACGAGCCUUUGCGUACACGGUUCUUUCUUCUCUUGCAGCAAAUGCGCCGUCUCAUCGUGGUACGAAAAGAUACGACUGAGGACCAGCGUAUUGUAUUCCCGUUCACGGCGGGCGUCACGUUAUUUGAUCUCUACAAGCACUUGGGUCUUGACCCGUACAAUGGACAAAUGAAGAUUUACGACUAG